AUGCACAUCACAACAGCAAGCACCUCGAUCUGGAGAGCCAAGGCUGUUAGUCAGAUUAUCAGUAUCCUGGAAGAAGUAGAUGCCCUUAUGAAUACCCGCUUGAAGAUGGAUUUCGGACUAUCGGAUAUUUUGGCUUCUUCUUUAAACUUUCUUGUCGUUUUCUGGCGCUGGUAUACUACUGAUGGUAUCAUCUAUCCCUUGUAUUUCUCUGUUCUCUCGAUAAACCUAUGGUUGGCAAUAGCUCAGUUUUCAAUUUUGGCUUCUCUCAUAAACCGCAGGUUAGAAAGAGCUUGCGAGUCCUUAGACGAACUCAAGAUGAGAUCCGAUUCGCCUUACAAAGAUCAGAAGGUCGCCAUACUCUCCGCUGUCCACAACAAGCUCUGCGAUGCGGGUUAG